AUGCAUCUCGUCCGGUGCCUGUUGGCUGCCUCAUUAAUCGCUGCCACCUCUGCGGCCCCUCUCCUAGACCAAGAGGUCAUCACCAACAAGGACCACAGGGCUUGUGUGUAUGGGGCCCCCAAAAAGUAUGACCACUGGACCAUUCACUAUCACGAGGUGAAGCCGCCAUCCCAAUUCCCGAUGCGCUUUGUUCUCGAUCCAGCAUGGGUAGCGCGCCACCAAAAUGUUGGAGACGCAGAUCACUUCUCUUUGGGCACUACUUGGGUCCCAUGGGCCGAGAAUAGGUGCCAGUACACCUGCAACGCGAGAAAGAAAUGCGUAUCUUGGGUUGGAUACCAGACUAAGCACUCAACACCCGAGUCGGGAGAGUUUUCUUGCUAUUUCUUCGACGCCCUUAUUCAGCCCGAAAAUAUUGUGCCACGAGCACCAGACGAACCUUUCAAAAUUACGCAUGCAUAUAACAGGCUUUGCGAGAAUGAUACUGAGAUCUAG